GGGAUACGCUGGGCGCGUCCCGGGGGUCACGUGGUGCGCAGCACGCAGAGUCCUUCUGUCGGUUGGUCCUGGAGCGGCGCAGCCGGAGCGGGGCUGUGAGGUUCUGGAAGUGGACCUGGGAAAGGCAGGUGCCUGGGUCUUGAAUGGAAACUGCAGGCUUAUCUCUGUAUGGAAGCUUCACAAAGGCAAAUGCUGGAGAAUAAAGGCAGCCCAAUUGAUGACUGAAAAUGACAAAGCAUCCACCUAACAGACGAGGAAUCAGCUUUGAAGUGGGAGCCCAGUUGGAAGCCCGGGACCGAUUAAAAAACUGGUAUCCAGCUCACAUAGAAGACAUUGACUACGAAGAAGGAAAAGUACUCAUCCAUUUCAAGCGUUGGAACCAUCGUUACGAUGAGUGGUUCUGCUGGGACAGUCCUUAUUUACGCCCUUUAGAGAAAAUACAGCUGAGGAAAGAGGGCUUACAUGAAGAGGAAGGAUCUUCUGAAUUCCAGAUAAAUGAGCAAGUCCUUGCUUGCUGGUCUGAUUGUCGUUUCUAUCCAGCCAAAGUCACUGCUGUUAACAAGGAUGGUACUUACACUGUGAAAUUUUAUGAUGGAGUAAUUCAGACUGUCAAACAUAUUCAUGUCAAAGCUUUCUCCAAAGAUCAGAAUAUUGUGGGUAAUGCUAGGCCUAAAGAGACAGAUCACAAAAGUCUUUCAUCAUCUCCUGAUAAACGAGAGAAGUUUAAAGAGCAGAGAAAAGCCACGGUCAACGUGAAGAAAGACAAAGAGGACAAAACCUUAAAGACAGAAAAGCGACCCAAGCAGUCUGAUAAAGAAGGAAAAUUAAUCUCUUCUGAAAAGGGGAAGGUGUCAGAGAAAAGCCUUCCCAAGAACGAGAAGGAAGAUAAGGAGAACAUUUCAGAAAAUGACAGAGAGUACUCUGGAGAUGCUCAAGUGGAUAAGAAACCUGAAAAUGACAUUGUGAAGAGUCCACAGGAAAACUUGAGGGAGCCAAAAAGAAAACGAGGCAGACCCCCUUCCAUAGCUCCUACUGCUGUGGAUUCAAAUUCUCAAACUUUGCAACCAAUAACAUUGGAAUUGAGAAGACGGAAAAUAUCAAAAGGAAGUGAAGUCCCAUUAAAACGUCCUCGGCUUGACAAAAAUUCAUCCCAGGAAAAGUCAAAAAACUACUCAGAAAAUACUGACAAAGACUUAUCAAGGAGACGGUCCUCCAGGCUGUCCACUAAUGGGACCCAUGAGAUCCUAGAUCCUGAUUUGGUUGGAUCAGAUUUGGUUGAUACGGUUAAUACUGAUCCCUUGCAAAACACAUCAUCCAGUACCAAGGAAUCCGAAGAAGGUCAGUUGAAAUCUCCUUUGGAAGCUGGCCAGGUCUCCUCUGCACUAACUUGCCAUUCCAUUGGGGAUGGAUUGGGGGCUGCAGGCUUGGAGUUGAACUGCAAGUCAAUGGGAGAAAACACUAUGAAAACGGAACCGGCUUCUCCCCUGGCUGAGUUACAAGAGAUUUCUUCUGUGGCAGUAACAAAUACUUUUAAGAAAACAGAUGAUUUUCUGACAUCUAAAGCACCAACUGUCGACCUAGACCACAAAUUUAGGUGCAAGGUUGUGGAUUGUUUGAAAUUUUUCCGCAAAGCCAAACUAUUGCACUAUCACAUGAAGUAUUUCCAUGGAAUGGAGAAGUCACCAGAGCCAGAGGAGAGCCCAGGAAAGAGGCAUGUCCAAACAAGGGGCUCUUCAGCUUCAGACAAGGCCAGUCAGGAGAGCCUGACCAGGAAGCGAGUCUCUGCCAGUUCCCCAACUGCAAAAGACAAGGAAAAGAAUAAAGAGAAGAAAUUCAAAGAGUUCGUGAGAGUGAAGCCAAAGAAGAAAAAGAAAAAGAAAAAGAAAACCAAACUUGAAUGCCCCUGCAGUGAGGAGAUCAGUGACACCUCCCAGGAACCUUCCCCACCCAAGGCAUUUGUUGUCACCAGGUGUGGGUCCUCACACAAGCCUGGGGUCCAUAUGAGCCCACAGCUCCAUGGCUCGGAAUCUGGAAACCACAAAGGGAAAGUGAAAGUAUCCGAGGAGGAUAAUCUGAGUGAGUCCUCUUCUGAGAGCUUUCUUUGGAGCGAUGAAGAGUAUGGCCAAGAUGUCGACGUGACCACCAACCCAGACGAGGAAGUCGAUGGGGAUGACCGCUACGAUUUUGAAGUGGUCCGCUGCAUCUGUGAGGUCCAGGAGGAAAAUGACUUCAUGAUUCAGUGUGAAGAGUGCCAGUGCUGGCAGCAUGGGGUCUGCAUGGGAUUACUGGAAGAAAAUGUGCCUGAGAAAUACACCUGUUAUGUUUGCCAAGAUCCUCCAGGUCAGAGGCCUGGCUUCAAGUACUGGUAUGACAAGGAGUGGUUGAGCAGGGGACAUAUGCAUGGUCUGGCAUUUUUAGAAGAGAACUACUCCCACCAGAAUGCCAAGAAGAUUGUAGCCACCCACCAGCUUCUUGGCGAUGUGCAGAGAGUGAUCGAGGUUCUGCAUGGCCUACAGCUCAAGAUGAGCAUCUUGCAAAGCAGGGAGCAUCCUGAUCUGCAGCUGUGGUGUCAGCCUUGGAAACAGCACUCAGGGGAGGGGAGAUCUCAUUCCAAACACAUCCAUGUCACUGAAGCCAAGAGCAAGGAGGAAGCCCCAAGCUAUAGAACUUUGAAUGGGGUGAUGGAGAAGCCCCUGUCCCUGCCCUUGCCCCGGUCUGUGGAGGAGUCGUAUAUCACCAGCGAGCACUGCUACCAGAAGCCCCGCGCCUAUUACCCUGCUGUGGAGCAGAAGCUGGUGGUGGAGACCCGGGGCUCUGCCCUCGACGAAGCAGUCAACCCCCUCCGCGAGAACGGUGACGAUUCCCUCUCGCCACGUCUGGGCUGGCCUCUAGACCAAGACAGGAGCAGAGGGGACGGUGAUCCCAAACCUAGCUCCCCAAAGGUGAGGGACUAUGUCUCUAAAAAGGUCCUACCAGAGGAAGCCCCUGCUCGGAAGCUGCUGGACAGAGGCGGAGAGGGGCUGCUGAGCACCCAGCACCAGUGGCAGUUUAACCUGCUGACCCACGUGGAAUCCCUUCAGGAUGAAGUCACGCAUAGGAUGGACUCCAUUGAGAAGGAGCUUGAUGUGUUGGAGAGCUGGCUGGACUACACGGGGGAACUGGAGCCCCCAGAGCCGCUGGCCAGACUUCCACAGCUGAAGCAUUGCAUCAAGCAGCUGCUGAUGGACCUGGGCAAGGUGCAGCAAAUUGCACUCUGCUGCUCAACAUGA